AGUAUCUCUAUCCUGUCAGACAAGUAGCCCCCCAGAGCAAACAGCCCUCUUCUGCUCUGCAGCACGCACCAGACCGCACGAGCAUGUCUGCCCGCCGCUCCUCCGCCGGCAGCGACGACAGAGACCAAGCCCGGCUGCAGCAGCUGGGAUACAAGCAGGAGCUGAAGCGCGGUCUCUCCGUCGUCUCCAACUUCGCCUUCUCCUUCUCCAUGAUCUCCGUGCUGGCGGGCGUGACGACGACCUACAACACCGGGCUGCGCUACGGCGGGCCGGCGUCCAUGACGCUGGGCUGGCUCGUCGUGGCGCUCUUCAACGGCUGCGUGGCGCUGUCCAUGGCGGAGAUCUGCUCGGCUUACCCGACCACCGGCGGCCUCUACUACUGGAGCGCCAAGCUCGCCGGCAAGGACUGGGGUCCACUCGCCUGCUGGAUCACCGGAUGGUUUAACAUCGUGGGCCAGUGGGCUUGCACCACGAGCGUGGACUUCUCGCUGGCGCAGUUCGUCCAAGUCAUCGUCCUGCUCGCCACCGGGGGAGCCAACGGCGGCGGUUAUCUGGCCUCCAAAUACGUCGUGCUCGCCAUCUACUGUGCCAUCCUCGUCCUGCACGGGCUCAUCAAUAGCCUCCCUAUCCAUUGGCUGGCCUUCUUCGGCCAGCUUGGAGCUUUCUGGAAUCUUGGAGGUGUGUUUGUCCUGACGGUGUUGAUUCCGGUUGUCGCUAAGGAGAGGGCGAGCAUGGAGUUCAUGUUCACCCACUGCUACACAGACGAUGCCGUGGGGAUCCACAGCAAGGUCUACGUACUCGCCAUUGGUUUGCUGACGAGCCAAUACUCUCUCCUGGGAUACGACACUUCCGCCCACAUGUCAGAGGAGACGAAGAACGCGGAGUGGAGUGGCCCGAUGGGGAUCGUCGUCUCGGUCGCGCUGUCGAGCGUCUUCGGAUGGAUCUACCUAGUGGCCCUGACAUCGGCGGUGACCGCCGACGACGUCCCGUCCCUCCUGGACCCUACCAACGACGCCGGCGGGAACGCCAUCGCGCAGGCCCUGUACGCCACCUUCCGCCGGAGGUUCGGCAGCGGCGCCGGCGGCGUCCUGUGCCUGGCGGCCAUGGCCGUCGCCAUAUUCCUCUGCGGCGUCGCGUCCGUGACCAGCAACUCGAGGAUGGGGUACGCCUUCUCCAGGGAUGGAGCCAUGCCGCUGUCGCAGGUGUGGUACCGUGUCAACAAGCAGGAGGUGCCGUUCAACGUCGUCUGGCUCUCCGUCUCGGUGGCAUUCGUCAUGGCACUCACGUCGCUGGGGAGCCAGGUGGCGUUCCAGGCAAUGGUGUCCAUCACGACGCUGGGCAUGUACAUCGCCUACGCCCUGCCCAUCUUCUUCCGCGUCACGGCGGCGCGGAACUCCUUCGUCCCGGGGCCGUUUCAUCUCGGACGCCGCUGCAGCCUCGUCGUCGGCUGGGUCGCCGUCCUCUGGGUGGCCCUCGUCACCGUGCUCUUCUGCUUGCCGGUAGCGUACCCCGUCGCCGGGGUCAACUUCAACUACACGCCGGUGGCCGUCGGUGGCGUGCUGGUGCUCAGCCUCGGCGCCUGGGUGCUCCACGCGCGCUUCUGGUUCCGAGGCCCCGUCACCACCAUUGACGCGUGACAUGCCCAUGGUCGAUCGGCCCUCACACUAAUACAAAAUAGCUCAAAGCAUCACUACCGGAAUCCGAGGCUUUGCCGAGUGUGUAUUCUUUGCCGAGUGCCUUUUGUCGGGCACUCGGUAAAGUUAGGCUCUCGGCAAAGAGCCCCUUUACCGAGUGCUAAACACUCGGCACAUGUAGACACUCGGCAAAGACAAGUUUGCCGAGUGUCAUGCACUCGGCAAACGGGGCUCUCGGCAAAGGGCCGUCAGCGGCCGUCCCAGAGCUGACGGCCGUUAGUCUUUGCCGAGAGCCAACGGCUUGCACUCGGCAAAGAGGCUUCUUUGCCGAGUGUCCCACAUCUAGCACUCGGCAAAGAACUCUUUGCCGAGUGUCAUCUCUAGACACUCGGCAAAGUAUAUUUUUAUUUUUUUGAUUUUGUCUCUCCAACUUUUUGUGGUAUGUUCCUACACUAUGUAGACCUACAUGUAUCAUUUGUGGACAAUUAUAACAGAGAUUCAAUCGUUAGUAGAUUUAGUUCG